AUGUCCAGCUCUGUCCUGACUUGCGGGUCCACUUUAGAAAAGUCAGGAGACUCCUGGGGAAAUAAGGCAAUGGCCUCCUCCAGUCUCAUUGCUCCGUGGCCACCAGAGACCCUAGGAUCCACUUAACACCUCAACAAAUCCUCACCAUGCCAGAGACUGGGCGGUUGGCCGGGAGCAGCCUUUGCAAUCCCAGAGCUGACAUUCCACAGCGCUGUGCACCAAAGCAAGGCCUGUUAGUGAUAUUUAAAAGCAUCUCUCUCUCUUGACAUCAGAAUCAAUCUUCUGGGAAGAUCCCCCUCAUCUCCACCUUCCCUGAUACAACUGAACAGAGUUCAAGAAAGACAGAGUUGGCAAGUUAUCCACUUCCCACCUUGCUUUCUUGGCCAGGAAGAUGGGGAUGCUAAGAGGGCAUAUGCCACAGGACAGUUUUAGAUAAUACAUGAGGAUGUCAGUGUAGAGCCCAAUAGCACAAGGCACGGCCUUUCACAUCAACUGGCAUUUACUGAGCACUGGUAUGUCAGUUCCUUUUCCACAGAAUACUCACAGAAAACAUAUGUGCACACAUGCUGCCAUAACCAAUGA